AUGAGCGAAAGUACUAGGCUCAAGAGCACGGUCUACGUGGGCGGUCUCGAUCAGGCCGUGACAGCGCAGACUUUGGCGGAAGCAUUUGUGCCCUUUGGAGAAGUUGUCGACAUCACUUUGCCCAAGGCAGACGCGCCCAACUCCGGCGACUCGCACCGCGGCUUUGGAUAUGUCGAAUUCGAUCUUCCCCAGGACGCCAAAGAAGCCAUCGACAACAUGGAUGGCAGCGAGAUCUAUGGACGCACAAUCAAGGUUGCAGCCGCAAAGCCUCAAAAGGAUGCCAACGAGGGACUGGGCAGCAAGACCGCCAUCUGGGAGCAGGAGGGCUAUUUGGCCAAGUACGCUGUCGAUGAGGAGGACAGGCAAGCAGCCGAAGAGGCUCGACAGGCUAGCAACCGGCCCCAAGACCCGAUGCAAGGCCUGGAGCAGCUGGACGUUGCAGGGCCUAAGCCCGAAUGA